AUGACCGAAACACACUCGUGCGAGUCCGACUACGACGACUCCGCCGAUGAAGCCAUCACCAUCACUCUCACCCACCGCAACAUACCACACACUUUCAAAUUCCCCUCGGACGGAACAAUCACCCACCUCUCCGAAGAUGUCGAAGACACCCUCUCAAUCCCCGCCUCAAAUCAAAAGUUCAUCAUCCCGAAAGUCGGCCUCCUGAAACCCCCCUUUAAAGACCCCGACAUGUCCCUCCUCGACCUACAAAAUAAAAAGAUCAUGCUCAUGGGCGUCGAGGCCAAGGAGGUCGCCUCCCUCCAAGCCGCAUCCGAGUUCGCCGCAAAGCGAAACGCCGCACGCAGCGCCGCCCGCAGACAGAACCGGCCCUCGAGGAGGAGAGACCAAGGGCGCGCGCAGGCGGACAGCACCUACACCUUCCUCUCCGUCCGGCCACUCGCAGGUCUCCCGCGUCCGGAGCGAUCCCUAGCUCUUCUCGAGAGACUCAAGGAGGACCCAGGCAUCCGCGCCUCCAUGCGCAAGCACAAAUUUAGCGUCGGUCUCUUGACGGAGAUGGAGCCCCUGUCCAACACGCAGUCCAACCACGAGGGGACGACUCGACUCCUUGGCUUGAACCGCAAUAACGGAGAAGCGAUCGAGCUGAGGCUAAGGACGGAUGCGCACGAUGGAUACAGAGACUACAAGACGAUUCGCAAGACCUUGUGCCACGAGCUGGCGCAUAACGAACACAGCGACCACGAUCGCAACUUUUGGGAUCUUUGUCAUCAGAUCGAGCGUGAAGUUGACUCGGCGGACUGGAAGCAUGGCGGCAACACGGUCGGAGAGGGGUCUUCGUAUUAUGCGCCAGGACAAGAUGAGGAGGAUGUUGAGGACCAUGGCGGUUGGGAAGGCGGCGAUUUCGUCGUGGGAGGAGGUGGUGGUGGUGGUAACGCUGGUCUGAGCCGACGAGAGAUUCUGGCAAAGGCUGCAGAGGAGAGAGCCAAGAAGAUGAACAUGGAAAGGAGGGAUGGAGGAAAGCCCGACUCUGGCCCAUCGUCAUAA